UCGGCAUCAAGCAAGACAGCUGGCGAUGGCUGAACCCGGACGUCGACGCAGAAGACCGGCCGUUUCGUGCUCCCUCUGCAGGAGGCGUAAGCUUCGUUGCAACCGAGAGAAUCCCUGUGGCAAUUGUAUGAAGGCAAGGAACGCUACUUGCGUCUAUGAGAACCAUUCACCACCUCCACAGCCCCGGCCAACCCAGCCGAGUCUGGUACAAACAUUGUCAGGUUUAACCCCCAGUGAGACUGCUUCCAGUACAAGCAGAUUGUCGAAUAUUUCGAGCCAUGUUCCUGGUUCCUCAGUGGCCUAUUCCACAACUGCACUGUCUCCUGCAAGCCCGUCCUCGACUCAUGAUGUUGAGCUUAUGAGAAUCAGAAUUAGAGAGCUUGAAGAGCAAUUGUCCAAAGCGACUUCUUCAAAAUCUAGUCCCCAGUCUCAUGCUUCUCCCCUAAACUCUGAAAUUGAAACGGCAGCGUCGCAGAUGGGUGGGACUUACUACUUUCAUCGUGAAAGUAACGUGUUCGGCCCACCGCAGGGCUUGACCCGCAGUGUCACUCAUAAAAGCCGUUUCUUUGGUCAAAGUCAUUGGAUUGUUGGAAUGUCUUUGUUCAAAGACUUAUUAGGGUCAGUGGAGCCUCUCGUGCGAGAGGGACUAUACGAGGCUUUCACUGGGAUGCAGAAAUGUAAAUCGUUGGCCAGGAUUAUAAAAUCGCAGCGCGCACCUCCCUGGCCCUCGCCACCAACAGCCGACUUACCCCGAGUAGAUAUUGCCAAUGAGCUCGUGAACUGCUAUCUUCGGACAACGGAGACAGUGCAUCGAAUCCUUCAUAUCCCCACCUUCAUUCGGGACUACGAAGCACUCUGGACAUCAGAAGCUAAGCCGAGUACGGCCUUUUUGGUUCAACUUAAGCUGGUUUUUGCUCUUGGUGCCGCUACAUACGAUGAUAAUUUCUCGCUACGCAGCUCGGCGGUUCGAUGGGUAUACGAAGCUCUAACCUGGAUCUCUGAGCCGGAGUUCAAGUCUCGAAUUGGGAUUCAGUUCCUGCAGAUAGACAUCCUGCUCUUGAUUGCUCGAGAGACAAUAGGUGUUGGCAGAGAUUCGGUCUGGGUCUCGGCUGGCGAGCUUCUCAGAAGAGGAAUGAUCAUGGGGUUGCACCGAGACCCUUCACGCCUGCCGAACAAAAGCACCUUCGUUUCUGAAAUGCGCAGAAGGCUAUGGAACACCAUCGUGGAGCUAGCUCUGCAGUCAAGCCUGACUACUGGAGGUGCUCCCCUAAUUUCGCUCUACGACUUUGACACACAGCCACCAGCAAAUUUUGACGACGAGCAGCUCACAACCGACAGUCCUGUCCCGGGGCUAGAGAACCAUUUCACUCAAACAUCCAUUGCAAUCGCUCUGCAUAAAACGUUCCCUGCGCGGCUUGCGGUAGCGAAAUUUCUCAACGACAUCAGCUCUCAUGGAUCAUAUGAGGAGCUCCUACGACUUGACGCAGACCUGCGAGCGUCAUAUAGAGUCCUCACCCGCACCCUUCAUGGAUACGAAUCAGGCAGUGAACCCUCCCCUUCUCAGUUUUCCACCCGUAUGGUCCACUUUAUCAUGCACCAGUAUGUAUCUGCUCUUCACAAACCCUACUUCGGCCCAGCUCUACGACAGACGGCGUAUGCAUUCUCCCGGAAGGUGGUCGUCGAGACUUCUCUCAAAAUCUGGUACGCGGUAUAUCCAGCGUCGUCGUUCACGGGCUCCCGCAGUGGCAAUGCCGCUUUCUCAUCAGACCAUGACGACUUCGCCAGACUCGCAGUCUGCGGCAGCGGCUUCUGUCGCACCGUUGCCCUCCAGGCUACUUUGCUUAUUGCCUGCGAACUCCGAACCCAGCUCCAAGAGGACGAAGGUCUAGGACCCGUCACCUUACGACCGGACCUUUUAUCCGUGAUAGAAGACGUGAAGACCUGGUGUGUACGAUGUAUCGAAGCCGGAGAAACAAAUAUCAAAGCGUACCUGCUCGGAUGCGUGAUCGCUGCACAGGUCCAGGGUCUCAUGCGAGGACUUGGCGCGGAUGAGAUCCCGCAGCUUCUUGCCAAAGCUGCAACCGAGGCCGGGGAUACGUCUUUGUCUAUACUCGAACGAAUCGCGGCGCAGGGUCAAGCGAAUGGGGCCUUGGAUACUCUUCCUCCGAUAUCUUUGGACACACCUUCUGAUGGAUUGGGAGAUUGGGAUUUGACGAUGGCUGAUGCUUUGUUUAACCCUGGUAACACGGAAUCGCUAAGUUGGGCGUUCAAUGACGAGGCGAUGCAGGAAGUUGCUUCGUGGUGGUGAAGAUCAAGGACCUUCUGUCUCUUGUAAUGAUAACUUGUGAUACCUAGGCACGGUAAUGUGGUCUGUUUUGAGCCCUAUUCUUUUUUAAACAUGUUAUGUUGGACUGGGUGUUUUUGCAACAGUAUUUGUAUCAUAGCGAUUCCUGUGUUUGGGAAAAAUGUUCUUUUGGGAAGCACCCUC